AGCAGCACAUUUUUGCUUGCAAUUAAGGUCGUUCUAAUGGAGCAGUUUUCCUGUGUUCGAGCUGCCAUUGUUUUUGUUUUUCUGGUUCACGGCACGCAUAUAUAUGUGAGGUGCCAAUUCAGUGCCGGCAUCGGAACAAAUCACCAUAGACGCUAUACGAUUGGUCAGACUUAUUUCGAAACAUGUUUUGUCGAAUUACCACCUGAUGACAGUAUUGCAAACGUGGACACGUACUGGAAUGUUAGGGGAUCUGACUAUUGUUACAACGGCCAGAAAGUAUUGAUAAAUAGAAACUAUACCUGUAAUGUAACUAUAGUACAUAAUACGACUUACUAUGACCUUACAAUUCCAGACUUAACAAUCAAUGAUGGUGGUACAUACUUUUGUAAAGUAAUCCAUAACACUAAAGGGGGGAAGACAACUUUUUCUCACAAUAUAACAGUCAUAGACCCUUCUAUCACGACAACAGAAGCAACAACCAUAACAACUAUUGAAGAAUGAAAAGGGUGAAGAUAACGAACACCAAUCGAUCUCAAAGCUGUAUACAGGGCUUAAAAAGCGGACCUCAGAAAUCCCAGAGAUUGGAUCAGAUGUCUAGGAGGAGAAUACAACCCCUGUUGACCGCUCAAACCUGUCAUGAGUCCUAUGUAUUGAUCAGGUAGACGGAACAUUCCGUCGUCAAAUUCAGUAUUUAAAAAAAAAGGCCCCUGACAAUUGCUAUGAAAUAUGUCAAUCAAAAUACGACCCAAUCAUAGGUUAUAUUUGCCAACAAUGUCAUUAUAACUACUAUAGUAUUUACAAUAAAUUGACUUUAAACGAGGGUAUUGAAAACCCUGUAACAUCAAAAUAUCUUCAGUAGCCUGGGUCAGUUUAAAUAUUGAUCGUACUCAGAAAAUGCUCUUGAGUAUCGAAUAAUUUGGAAGACAUUAACACUAUAUACAGUGUACAGGUAAUAGAUGGAUAUUACUAAAUAAAGACGGAAAGUUGACGAUGGAAAAGGUGAAGUCAUCUCCUCUGUCAUACAAUUUAUUACCGUCACGGUAGCUCAGUCGGUAGAGCGCUCGCUCCUUGAUCUGAAAGGUCGUGAGUUCGAAUCUCGGCCGCGACUGACCUAAGUCGAUAAAAAAUAGGUAAAAAAGUGAAAAGUGAAAAAUUCUCGAAUGGGACGUAAAACAACAUAUUAUCAAUCAAUCAAUCAUACAAUUUAUUUGCAAGUUGUCCUUCAUUGUCAAAAGUCAGUGAAGCAUCCAAAUAUGAAAAAAAUCUGAAAUUGUGAUGGAAUUGUAUUUUAAUCAAUGAAUACAUGUAUCUGAUGUUUUUGUCCAUAUUAUUGUUUUCU